CUUCCGCUUUCUUCUUGUUGAUGCUAAAAAUUGAAUGAUGCUAACGUUGUUGUCUUGAAACGAUUUGUUAGCCAUCAGCGGAGGGUUAAUCGAAGUAAAACAGGAACUUCUAAGACGUAACCAUGGGAAAGAAACACAAGAAACACAAACCGGAAUGGAUAACAGUUGGUGAUUUUGAGGACAAAACCCUUGAAAAGCCCCUGAAGAUCAAACUCAAAGUUGGUGGAAGUGAGGUGACAGAGCUUUCUGGUUCCGGCCACGAUUCCAGUUACUAUGAUGACAGAUCAGACCAUGAGCGAGAGCGCCACAAAGAAAAGAAGAAAAAGAAGAAGAAAAAGUCUGAGAAAGACAAAGACAAAUAUGUGGAUGAUGAAGAAAGAAGGCGAAGGAAGGAGGAAAAGAGGAAGAAAAGAGAAAGAGAGCAGAGUGAACUGGAGGCAGCAGCUAUGGCUGAUGCAAGCGUUGGUGUACCUGUUGAACCAUUCACACUGCCCAAAAGUUUAAGUAUUGGAAUAGAGCCAGAUGAGAAGAAGAGGAAGAAAGAGAGGUGUGAGGUGGAGGAUGAGGUGGAGGAUUUUCACCCCACCGUGAAAGUAGAAAUCGAACAGCAAGCAGAUCGGCCAGUCAGAGCCUGUCGCACUCAACAAGAGAAUGAGUCUACCCCUCGUCAACAACUGCUGGAGCACUUUCUGAGACAGUUGCAAAGGAAGGAUCCCCAUGGAUUCUUUGCAUUUCCUGUAACUGAUGCAAUUGCUCCUGGUUACUCAAUGAUCAUCAAGCAUCCCAUGGACUUCAGCACCAUGAAGGACAAAAUACGAAAUAAUGAAUAUAACACGGUGACAGAAUUCAAGGCGGAUUUUAAACUGAUGUGUGACAACGCCAUGGUAUACAACAGACCAGAAACCGUCUACUACAAGGCGGCUAAGAAGCUGCUGCAUACAGGAUUCAAGAUGAUGAGCAAGGAUCGGCUCUUGGCUCUGAAGCGCAGCAUGUCUUUUCUGCAGGACAUGGAUUUCACUCAGCAAGCAGCCAUAUUAGGAGAUGAAGACCUGACAGCUGAUCUCCCCCCUCCAGAAAUGAUCCCCAUCCCUGCAGAAUUAACAAAGAGGUCGAGGAAACAACCAGUCAAAGACAAGGAAGCCAUCAGUUACAUGUUUGAACCAGAGGGAAGUGCUUGCAGCUUCACUGACAGCACAGCAGAGGAGCACGUUGUGGCUCUGGUUGAACAUUCAGCCGAUGAAGCGCGGGACCGCAUCAACAGAUACAUGCCGAACUCCAAGAUGGGUUUUCUGCGUAAAGAGCCUGACACUUCUAUUUUAUAUACUGUUGUAAAUCAGCUGGAUCCUGAUGCAGAAGAAGAGGAAACCCAUAAAGUGGAUUUGAGUUCUCUGUCAAAUAAGCUUCUGCCUGGAUUAACAACACUGGGUUUCAAAGAUGACCGCAGACAUAAAGUGACUUUUCUUAGCAGUGCCUACAACACACAAAGCCUUCAGAAGAACUCCGUCUUCCCAGACCUGCAGUCGGACGAGACAGAUAUGCUAUACUCAGCUUACGGAGAUGACACUGGGGUACAGUGUGCUUUGAGCAUACAGGACUUUGUCAGAAACUGUGGAAGUGCUACCAAGCUCUGGGUUGAUGGACUUCUGGACAAGAUGACAGCAGGCGAUCACUCAAAAGCUGUAAAUCAAAUUCGACAGAAGAGAAACAUGAUGGUGAAACCGGAUGAAAGCAAAGCCAACAUGUGUGACAUGCAG